AUGAGACGUAUUUCUAGACACCGUGUAUCAUAUGUAAUUACACACAGUAAAGAAGAGCAUGGCCAUCUUUUGGGAAUUAAUUCUUUAGCUUUAGAUACUACUACCUUAAAUCCGGAAACAGGAAAAUCAGAAGGAAUACUCUAUUCCGCUGGACGUGAUGGUGUUAUUUCCUCCUGGGAUUUGCAUCUACCAUUUAGGAAAAAUGGACCAAAAAACAAGGACGCACAGAAUAAUAGAGAUAACGAGGCUUCGGAAAAGAUUGGCGAUUUUAAAAGUAACUGGGAGAUUGAUGACGAAAUUGAUCUUUCCUCGCAACCUCCACGUAAUUCAACCUUUCGUCAAUCUUUUCGGGGUCAUACGGACUGGGUCAACGAUAUAAUACUUUGCCAUAAUAAUGAAACAUUAAUUUCCGCUUCCUCUGAUCGAACAUUAAAACUUUGGCAUCCUCACAAAUCAAAUAGUCCAAGCACUAUCGGGUAUCAUACCGAUUAUAUAAAAGUUUUAUCUUACGCACCCGGUCCGGGUUGGGUGGCAAGUGGUGGGUUCGAUCGUAAAAUCAUAAUAUGGGAUGUAACGGAAUUCAGGCCCUCAUCCGGAAUUUCUUCGAUAAAUGCAGUCGAUCAAGAUCACCCAAAAAUAG